GGGGGAGAAGAGAGAGAGAGAGAGAGAGAGAGAGAGAGAGAGAGAGAGAGAGAGAGAGAGAGAGAGAGAGAGAGAGAGAGAGAGAGAGAGAGAGAGAGAGAGAGAGAGAGAGAAUGGGAUAAGGGGAGGGGAAAGGAGGAGGGGGAACGGAAGAAGAGUGAGGAGACCUGCGCGCCAGCUGAUAAAGGAGAGCCUCUUCUCAGAAUACCUGCGUUCUCCUGAGUCGCCCGGUCCAAGACUGCACUCUACAGUCUUGCCCACAACCCGGGCUGCCUUGUUUCUGACUCUCUCCACCCGGGGCAUCGGAGCAACUUCGGCGAACAGUACUGGAGGAGGAGAGAGGACCAGAGCAGUGACCAAAAUUGUCGCUCUGUCCGAGGCAGGGAGGAGAGGGACAGGGGAAGAUGGUUCUGGCCAAGUCAGUAACUCCUAAGAGUGGAGAGGGAAACCAGGCAGAUGCGGUGCUGCCGAGGGUGAGGAGAUGAGCUCUCCUCUCAAUAUGCCCCUCGGCCCUCCGGAAGGUGUGCCUUUUGCCCACAGGUCCCUCCUCUGAAGGGCCACACCAUGAACUCUUGGGACGUGAGCUUGGCUUGCCUGCUGGUGGGAAUGAUCGCUGUCUCGCUGCUGUCCAACGUGGUGGUGCUGAUCUGCUUCCUCUACAGCCCCGACAUCCGCAAGCAAGUGCCUGGGCUCUUCAUCCUUAAUUUGACCUGCUGCAACUUGUUGAUGACCGUGGUCAACAUGCCCUUGACCUUGGCCGGGAUGCUUAAUAAACAGCAGCCGGGAGGAGACAGGCUCUGCCACAUCGUGGGCUUCCUAGAGACCUUCCUGACCACUAACUCCAUGCUGAGCAUGGCCGCCCUCAGUAUAGACCGCUGGGUCGCCGUGGUCUUCCCUCUGAGCUACCACUCCAAGAUGCGCUACAAGGACGCAGCCCUCAUAGUGGGCUACACGUGGCUGCACUCCAUCUCCUUCCCUAUUGCUGCUCUCUCCCUGUCCUGGCUAGGCUUCCAUCACCUCUACGCCUCCUGUACUCUGUACAGUAAGAGGCACGAGGAGCGAGUCCCUUUUGGGGUUUUCACCGGGGUUUUCCACGCCCUCAGCUUCCUCCUCUCCUUUGUCGUGCUGUGUUUCACAUACCUUAAGGUGCUCAAGGUAGCCCGGUUCCACUGCAAGCGCAUCGAUGUGAUCACCAUGCAGACCCUGGUAUUGCUCGUGGACAUACACCCCAGUGUGAGAGAACGUUGUCUGGAGGAACAGAAGAGACGAAGGCAACGGGCCACCAAGAAAAUCAGCACCUUCAUUGGGACAUUUCUCCUUUGCUUUGCGCCAUAUGUAAUCACAAGGCUGGUAGAAUUAUCCUACAUCGGUCCCAUCAGUUAUCACUGGGGUGUCUUCUCUAAGUGUUUGGCUUAUAGCAAAGCGGCAUCAGACCCCUUCGUAUACUCUUUAUUAAGGCAUCAGUACAAGAAGAGCUGGAAGGACAUACUGAACAGAAUUCUCAAAAGAGGUUCCAUCAAUUCUUCAGGCCUCACAGGGGACUCACACAGUCAAAAUAUUUUGCAAAUCACUGAAUGAAGGAAGGAUGCUCCAGCGAUCAGAGUAGAAAGUGGAAGCAUGGAUGGGGGCCAGAAGGAAAGACCUCCUAGAUACUGAACAAAAAUCCAUCAUCAGCUCACCACCAUGCAAAGUACCAUCUUCAUCGACCUGUGGCUUGUCUGCUUUCCCGAGUGGAUGGCUGUCUCAGUGCUGCUUGUGAAAGCCGUGUCAGAGAGGGACAUUGGAAAGGCUUUUUUUGCCCUUCUUUCUGAGGGCUUGAUUUAGCUUCUACACCCAUUGGAGGCAGCAAAGCAGUUGGACCAAUAUUUAAAGUCCCCCUUAGGUGUCCUCAGAAUAAAGACACAAAAAGAAGGUGGUCAUUUAUCGUAUGACUGGACUUGUAUCUCCUCGGUUUACUCAUGAGCCAGUGGGGGUUUAUGCUCGGUGUUGUACUCUCAAAAUAGUAAUAAUAAUAGAUUCUCAAUAGGAAGGAUCAGACAUGCAGAAAAGGAAGAUCAUAGGAGGAACAGUUCAAUUCAAAAUGCAUCAUGGAUUCAGGUCUACAAUCACAAUUAUUUAUUUGUAGCUGCUAUGAUUAGCAAAAAUAAUAUUCGGUAUACUUAGGUUUCAUCUACACUCAUGCAAACUGGUUUGGGAAGAAUUUUGAAUUGUAUCAUAUGAUUAGUUAUGAACUUCAUGUUCUAAAUAAUCAUUUGUUGGACUAAGUUGGUUUUUGUUCCAAUUCCCUCAUUGCCUUUGUGUAUACAACCAUUCAGUUCUAGUGUAUUGAUGCAGACACUAUCUGAGGGACCAAUAACUCAAGAUGAGACCUUACUUCAGUCCCAUUGGCAUGGACUGAUUCUAAAGCUGUUUUCCUCUGAUUUUCUUGCAGUGACCAAUUUAACUCUAAUUUGAGAUGGGUCAAAUUGAGGAAACCAUAACUGACACUUCCACCAUUUAUGGCGAUUCCCAGUUUUCAGGAAGCAUCUUAACCAGUGAUACAUCUCAUUUGGUACUUUAAGAGUCAGAUGGGAGAGAACUGGAUUUAUUUUUCUCAUCUUAACUAAACCAUUGUAUUCAACUUUGAAAACAAGAAUUAUAGGGUCUAUGGAGCUGUUUGCCAGCUACUUUUGCUAAAGGUUAGCCAAUAGUAAGUAGAGAAGCAAGGAAACAGCAAAGACUUUUCUAGUGGAUUAAGUGUCUUAUUUCUAUUUGUGACCUAAAUAUUGACCCAAAGAUAGGAAAGUGAGUUUUUAAUUGAAGUCCCAUAUUAAAAGAAUUUUCUCAUUUUUUCUUUUCCUGCAUUUUUUGAAAACUAAAGGUGUUAAAACUGUCUACAUCUAAUCUCUUGCAAUGCUUGUAAACUGAGGGGUACAUGCCCAAAACAAUAUUUUUUCUCUCAUAAACUUUCCCUUCAAGUUGAAAAAUAGUAUAGAGAUGACAUUUACCAAACCAUCUGAUCCCCUGAAGUUUCAAAUGGGAAGAAAUUUUCUAUUGAGGCAGUAAUAGGAGGAAUAAUUUUGAAAUGACGAAGUAAACAGGAUUUCACUUUUCAUGUUUAAAUCACCCAGGUCUCUAAUGCAAAGACCCUAACCCUUUGUUUUGCCAUGGACAUUUUGGCAGUCUAAGCUUGUGGACCCCUUUUCAGACUCAUGUCCUUUAAAAAAUGAAAAUAAAAAAUUGAAUAAAUUAAACCAAAAAUUUGAAAUACGGUGAUCAACGUGUUCAUGAACUUCAGUUGAGGAAUCCCUGCUCUAAUUACAUUGGCUGACUAACCAACCCUGUUCUCUCCAAAGUGCUGUCAAGGAAAAACAGUUAAUUCUUCACAAAGAAUUGCUGGAUUUAGAAGAAGAGACUUGAAGAAUGCCAGGCUUUGGAAUAUUUUCAAUGUUUCCAAGAAUCUUCUUUUGGUGGCUGUACCCAAGAUUUUCUGAUGUUAAUUGGUAAUGUAGCAUCUUCUCAAAGAGUCUUAUGUGCAUCUGGUUGUUCUUGAAAUGUUCCUGAAAAAUCUCCCUGAUUUUGCUCUACAUUGGUCACUUUAUUUAAAAUCAUUGCAACCAUACAAUUUUGCAGAGUAGAGCUCAGUAAACAUCAUUCUUCCUUUAAUACUGCAUCUUUUUCCAUCUGUGGCUGAUUCAAAACAUUGGGACAAGAAUAAAUUCAUAACUGAAACUUCCCUGGGAAGCAAAUCUUCCAUCCCUGCCCCCAGUCUUGUUUUUUGCCAGAAACCAAGAGAUCAGUGAGUUAGGGAAUCUGAUGAGUGUAAGCCAAAUUUGUCACAAAUAUUUUUCAAUUACAUUUAAAGCAGUUAUGCAUAAUAAUUAUGUUAUUAUAAAAUUUUAAAAAAUCUCCCAUCUUUUAUACUUUGGCUUUAUAGACAGUUAUAAUAUUAGGUCCUAGGUAGCAUUGAACUUGCUUGGAUUUUAUGAGUCAUCAAAUAAGGGAUGAAACUUGUAAUGCCUCCCCUCUUGAGUAGGACCCACUUGAAUAAUUAAUGGAUUGCUUUUACAAUGGAUGGUGGUGAUGCCUGUGGGUUAUAGCUAAAAAUGCAGAAAAAAGCCCUAAAAAUCUAGAGAAGGGAUUCAUAUCUUUAGUUGUUGCAAUCUACUUAGGAAGUCUCAUAAAACUUAUGAACUCCCUUCUUGAAAUCUUUUUUAAAACAUAAAAUAAAAGGCAGAAUUACAAAAGAAAAAAAAAUCCCCAAUCUGAAUUUUAAAAAAAUUCUCAUGUUAACAUGGCAAUUUAAGAUUUAAAAAGUGCUUUCCUCACAAUAACCUUGCUAAGGGUUUGUAUCCCAAUUAAAAAUGUUUUAAAUGACAAAACUUGAGUCUUAGAGAGAUUAAGUGAUUUGCUCAUCAUAAAAUAUCUAGUACAUGUUAGAAUUGGGAUUGAAAUCCAGGUCUUCUAAUCCUGAGUCCAAGACUCUUUCUACUAUAAUAUGUUGGAUUUGGUACUCAUGUGAAUAUAGUCAUUAAGACGUAAAGAGAAUUGGAAAGGAUGAUAAUGGUUAUGAUUAAAUAUAGAGAGGUGAGACUAUACACACGAAGGUCUAUUGACUGUAUAUAUAUGUACAUACAUUUUUUCAAACAUAUGUGUAAAUGUAUGUAAUGUGUCUGUGUGUAUGUAUAUAAAAAUAUACCCACAAAGAGAGUGAGAGAGAAGCUGUCUGGUAGAGGGCAGAGGUUUGAUUCGAGGAAGUCCUAGGUUCCAGUGGAUUCUCUAACAUGUAUUGGUUCUGUGAUCUUGCUCAAGCUACUUAAAUUUUCCAUAUUCUAUCCCUGACAACUUUCCAAGAGGAAUAACUGCUCAUCUGCCUUGGAAGGGGGAGUUUCACCAUUGGGGGCUCUCUAGAUCAACUAUAUCACAGGUCUUGUCCUAUGUGGAUCUAUAUUUCUCCCUACAUAGAGAGAUACGUGGGUAAACUUAAACCCUAAUUGAAUUAUGUACCUAAUUUCAGCAAAUUGAUUUAUUAAACUUAAUACCAUUUCUCAAGAUAGGACAAGAAGAUGCCACCUAUUUAGUAUUGCCAUCCAAAGCUUUGUGGACUGGGUUGUACCAUGUCUUGAAAUGUAAAGUAAUUACUGGUUAAACACCAAGAGGUGGUGAACUGGGAUGAAAAGAUUAAGAAAAAGAGAAACAAUCAAAUUUGAAAACUUGUAAUUCAGCUUCUGUUAUUAAUCUCAUUUGAUCAGACUUCAUUCAAGGCCAUGUGGUUUUUUAGUUAUGGGGUCAUCUUAAUAGUUAUAGAAUUUGCCUUAAUGUCAAUGAGAUCUGGAUCCACUAAAACCCAACUCAUUAACUCCUACACUGAGUAAGUUAGUGGUGCAUUUUGCUCUUAUUUUUUAAAUGGCCAGCUGAUUUCCCAAAGGCUUCUCACUGAGAAUCUUGGCUGUCUUUUACAAUUAGAAAUGUAGUGGAACAAGAAAAGAUCAUUUGAGUCAUCCCAUACCAGUAGCUUAUUUUCUCCAGCAUUCAUUGGAGUUUGGCAUCAGCAUAAGCAAUAAAUCUUUCUCCUUACACCCAUAACAAUUUGUUUUUCUUUAGUGGUAUCUUUCAGAAGGAAAACGGGAAAGGUAGAAUUAAUUCAAUUUCCUCUAUCAACAGAUAUAUUUUUUAAAAUUGUGUAGAUUUCCAUGUUUCUUUAAAUUUGUUAUAGAAGUUAAUGAUUUGAAUCUUUUAUUUUAUUGGAAAUAACUCAUGUGUGGGAUAAAAUCAUCAUCUGUAAUUAUGAUUAUGACAUUUUUAUUGGGUACGCCUUGAUAUCCAUUGGAUAAACUCAAGUGUUCACAGUAGGGAAGGGAUGUUUCUCAGUAUAUACUCAGGUCUAUCCCUAACUUUUGAGAGGUUCCAAAUAUAUCAAAAAUAGAGUCUGUAUGCCUUGGAUAUCACUUUUAUAAACAAAUAUUUACGGAAAUUUAUUUCUCCCCAGAGUUCUUGAAUGCUGCAUAUUCUAACCUUAUCUAGAAACCAAUUAUGGUAAUGGUUUUUGGUGGCUUGAAAUUGAACACUCCAUUAGAUACUAAAUAUGCACUUUUCAAGAGACAAUCCCGUUUAACAGCAGAAUAUUUUGAUCCUAAAAGAUCAAAAAUGACUUCCAAGAAAUGAAGUCCUCAUGGUUGAUUUCCUAAAUCAUGAUAAUCCAAAUGUACAGUAAGUGUUUGGUAUGUAAAUAGGUCAUAGGUGAUGCAGAGAUGAGACUUUGUUCAAUAUCAGAAUGAAAUAAGACUUUCAGCAAAUCAUUUUCAGCCCAUCUGAUUCUGGCCCCAAACCAAAAUCUGUCUAGCUGUUUUGGCCUCUUAGAUAGGAUUGAAAACUGGAACAACUUCAGACAAUCAGGAAUUUGCUGGACACACUCUAUGGACUAUAUCACUGAGUUCUGCCCUUAAGAUGUUUACCUGAGCCUUUAGGUACCUUUAUCCAGCUUCUUGGCUCCAGGUUGGUUUCAGCUUCAUAUGAGGGUCCAGAAUAAAAUGUGACUUAUGAGAAAUGAUUUCUAGGAUACCAGAAAGAGAUCCCUUUUCUACUGCUCCUAAUUUUUAAUCACUGACUCAUUAUAAGAAGGAGUUGGUAAUACCAGUAUGCUGCCAUUCUGCCAGCUUCCUACUCAAAAAGAUGAACUGCUUCCCUAAUUAUUUUCACAAAAAAACUUAUAUACUGUAUUACUUUUUUCUACCUGCCAUCUUUACAAUCUGCAAUUAAACCAUCUAAUUGACGUACAUGGGUUAUUGAGAACAUACCUAAAAACACUGGUUUGAUGAUAGUGCGACUGAUUUAGCCAUAUCAUUUAGGAUGACUUAUAUCUGUAUGUAUUUACUCAGCCAAUGGGUAAAUGGAGAAAAUGAAGUUCAUCACUGGUCAUGAUAUAUUGAUGGUGAAAUUGUCAUCCAUCAUAUGUUUUUUAAGACAUGCUCAUAUUCAAUUCCUCAAAAGUUCCAAUUUUUGGUUUCCCAGAGUACUAUAUUGGUGUGAGAACAAUUGUUUUGGAUUGUUGAAAUAGACCCCAAAAUAUAAAGAGGUAGAAGAGGCAUGUCAUAAGGGGCAAAACUAGGGAAACAAAAAUGAUACAUCAAAAUUCUCAAGAUUUGAAUAGGAAACUGAACUGAACUUCAUUGCACCCUGAAUUUACUUAUAGGGAUACAAGAAACACACCUAGGUGUCCUUUCUAGAGUCGAUGAGAUUUCAUGUGACAAGAGCAAACAUUUUUUCUUUCUGUAUUUUUUUAGAAAUUGGUGUCAUCAUCUCAUUUAAGUAAACCUAUAAGCCCUUUCCAUCUCCCAAUCAUUGGCCAUUAUUCUGCUCUCAUUAAUGUGUUGUGUAAAUAUGUAUUUAAAAUUUUAAGCUUGAAUACUAUGGAUUUAACCUUAUUGGUAUUACAGUUAUAUCACAUAUAUCCAUAUUUAAAACUCCUUUAAAAAUCAAUGUUUAUAAUAUUGACUCAUUAAACUGUAUUUGCACCUUCAGGAAUAUAUGUGUAAAAUUGCUGAUCCAUGGCCAUUUUUGUGUACUCUACCAUGCAUGCUCAGUAGUAGUUUGGUCAGUAAGUUAUUUCUGCUUCUUGGUUGAAGUUAAAUGAUCAGAUGGUUUCAAAGUCCAGUCAAUGUGAUUUUGACUAAUAAUAUGCACAAUUUUAUGAGAAAACAUACAGCUCUCUUUGAGGCAAGAGAAUCCAAAAAAAUUUUUUUUAUAAAGGAUUGAACCUUCAUGGAGCCCCCAAACAUAUCUGGAGGUAGAUCUGGAGGUCAGGAUAGACAAGUCAUUAAUAGCUCCUUAGGUGAUUGAUCUGAACUGGUCAACAAUUUCAUGGCAAUUUGGUGAUCCACUAUUUAACGUGUACCCAGCUAACUGAAAGUGGGCUAGUGUGUGAUUCUUAAUAGAAUCCAUUCCAGAGUGCUUUGCAUCCUGAUCAUUUAACAUAACACUGGACUUAUUUUUAAAUUAUUAAUUGCUAUUGAACUUCAUGUUUGAAAUUUUGAAUGCCAAGUUUUCUCCCAAAUGGGUCUCUCCAAAACUUGAAAACCCUAUUUGACAACCACUGUGUAAAAACAACCUUAUCCAGAGUGUAGCUACUAGCUUUUCUGGAGUCCAGUGUCUUGCCAAAGUCUUUCCCAGGGGAGAAUUUACAAAUUUUAGUAUCACAAAUUGCCUUGGAAGAUUGAGAAUAACCAUAUCAGAGGUGCCUUGCUUUAUUCUUAUUUCUAAGCGGGAGCCACCCCCAAAAUAUCAGAGUAAGAUAUUGCUUUUAUUUUGUUAGGGGCUUUUAGGAGAAGGAAUUCUAACCCUUAUUUUCCUGGUAAGCUCUUCUUUACUACUUAGCAGCUAAUGCCACAAGAGUCUAAACUUCUUGUUUCAUUUUAAUAUAUAGUUGAGGCUGAAUUCCUUAUUCAAACUUUGAAGGUAGUUAGGCAGCUUAUUUUUUUCCAUAUAAUUGCAGAAUUUCUAUUACUAAUUCUUUUAAUGACAAAUGGAAUAUAUUUCUCAUUGAUCAAAUGUUAUAGCCUUAGCCUUCUAAUGCUUGUAAGCAAUGGGCCAAAAAAAGCACACCCAACUUCUUCCCAUUCUUUUUAAUUUUCAGAGGGUUUCUAGGAAAUUUAUUUUUUAAAAUAUCUCCACACUGUUUGCAUUGAGCCUAGAGAAUUGGCCACAGUGUGUAUGUAAUUACAAAGGAUAGCUCUUAAAAAAAGUAACCUUGUCAUUUUAUUGUUGCAUAUAUAAAUCCACUCUCUACCUGGAGUUAUGUUUUAUAAGAGUUGAUGAGAUGCAUUAUGAAAUGAAAUGUAUAUUUGACUCAUAGGGAUAAAAUCGCCUAGAAUUCUUUGGCUUUUAUAAAAUAUUGAAAACCUGAAAUCCUCUGAUUUAUAAAUGAACCAUCUUUAAAGUGCUAAGUCCUUCCAUUAUGAAAAAUUGUGUAGACACUAACAAAAACCUAGAAAACUGGUAUAAAACAAAUGAAAGUCCAACUCCAGCCCAAGUUGAAUAGUAUAUAAUGUUUGCAAAUGUUGUUUUAAUUUUAUUUUCUCCUAAUUUAUGUUUUCCCCCCUAACAUAGAGAUCUACUCAAGGCAAAAAUGGAUUUCAAAAUUCUCUUACAUGGCAAUAUUUCUUUUCUUUGAAUUAAAUAGUUCUAAUAUAAUGUUUUUUUCCUGGUUGAAAUCUCACUGAGAUUUUUGAAUCCAAGGACUAUGCUGCCUGCUCUGUUUACAAAGGCUUGUGUUUUGUGAGGACAUAUCAAACAUUGUAAUAUAUUUUUAUUAAUGGUGAAUAUAGGGAAAAAUAUAUAUUGUGAUUUUGUCAAAGCUUCCUGUUAUAAAAAUGUGAUACCACUAUGUAAGGACUUGAUGUAAACAUUUUUAGAUAAAAGUUUGCAUUCAAAUA